GCUGGAGGGUGGGGUCGGGCUUUCAGGGGUAGCGGCUUUCACUGAUACAGAACCCGAGCUGUGUGCCACUGAACAAACGAUUAAUGCAUGUAAAAAGAUAACAUUCCGACAGUGGAGUGGAUCAAGACAGCGUGUGGUAGAAUAAGAUAAAGUGUGUGUGGAGCAGCUGUAAGACACAUUCAGAUAUGGCGGCCAACAAGGGGAAAAGUCAGAGCUCCUUGGCAUUGCACAAGGUCAUCAUGGUGGGCAGCGGCGGUGUAGGCAAGUCAGCCCUUACGCUCCAGUUCAUGUAUGAUGAGUUUGUUGAAGAUUAUGAACCUACAAAAGCAGACAGUUACAGAAAAAAGGUUGUGCUGGAUGGGGAAGAGGUGCAGAUCGAUAUUUUAGACACAGCUGGACAGGAAGAUUACGCAGCCAUCAGAGACAACUAUUUCCGCAGUGGAGAGGGUUUUCUGCUUGUGUUCUCCAUAACUGAGCAAGAGUCUUUCACAGCCACAGCAGAGUUCAGAGAGCAGAUCCUACGUGUUAAGGCUGAGGAGGAUAAGAUUCCACUGCUGCUGGUGGGGAAUAAGUCUGAUCUGGAGGAUCGCAGGCAGGUGUCUGUGGAUGAUGCAAGAGCAAAAGCAGAGGAGUGGAAUGUACAGUAUGUGGAGACUUCUGCUAAAACACGUGCCAAUGUAGAUAAGGUAUUUUUUGAUCUCAUGAGAGAAGUGCGAUCCAAGAAGAUGUCAGAAAAUAAGGACAAAAACGGAAAAGGAAAGAACAAGAAGAACAAGAAGAGCUUCAAGGAACGGUGCUGUUUACUUUGAACUCCACAUGGACUUUCCAUAAACUAAUCUACUUUCUACUCUAAGGAACAUUUCAAUUUUUCUUUAUUACAAUCAAAACAUAAUUAGUGAUAAUUCAUCACUGACAAGGCCUUUCAUAUUUCCUUUCUCCAUGCAAACUGUCAUUUUUCAGUGAUUGAUGACCAGUGGCUACUUUGUGAGACUUUCUGUAGCACUUUAAGACUAACAUGGAGGGGACCAACCUGUAGCCAACACUACGCUUUUUUUUUUUUUAAUCUUGUGUAAUUUAUCUUAAUUUCACAGUUUAUUUUCAGCCUCAUUUGUGGCUUUACAUUAAUAGUAAUGUUUCAUUUAUUCAGAAAUAUAUUUUUUAAUCCUAUGCCACUACGUGGUGGAGGCAUUAUAAUUUUGGCUUCUUCCAUCUGUCCAUCUGUGAUUCUUGUUAGAAGUGUAUUUUAAGAGUACUUCAGGUAUGCAAAUUAGUAACAAGAAGGACUAGCAUUGGCAGUGAAUGUUUUCCUAUUGACAUUUUUUCUCAGAUUAAAGGAAAUUGCCAAUAUUUUAUUAACACCCAAAUGUUUAUAUUCCCUGCCCCUGUUUUGAAAAUGUACACCUAAUGACAGAAUGUUAGGGAGUGUAAAUAUCUGUAUUAAACUUGCUAUACACUGCUGAGACUACUGAUGUAUGGUAGAAAAACUUUUCUUCAUGAUACCUGACAGGAUAGAAGAUGAAAUGAGGUUAUGGUACCAAAAUGCUGUGUAUUCUUAAUGCCUGAUUUAUUCCAAUUCAAUCAAGUCUCCACCGACACAAUUUGUGGAGGUGUAUCAAAGACCGUGAAAUGAUGUUACACUCAACAGCACUAUUUCAUGAGUAAACAGCAGGUAUAGGAAAAGGAAUAAGGGCUUGGAAUGAGGCUGAAAUGUUCAACUAUUCUGGGACUUAACAAGCCCACUUUUGGCAUAGGAGAAUCUACACUGCCUCCCUCUGGUUGACAUAAAUAGAGGCACAUCACAUGGAUAAAUACUGCUUAGGAACUUAUUGCCUUGAUAUUUCUUAAGUUUUAUUGAGAUAUUUUUGUAGAAAGUAUGCUGCCUUUUCCACCAUCAGACCCCCUCGGAUAAAUGUGCCAUAAGUACUUGUGCCAAACUAAUAUUAUAAGUAUAGCAAUGACUUCUAACUGAUUGCUCAAUGGGAUUAUUUUUGUGGCUUGUUUUCUUUAGUAUUCUGAUACAUUCGAGUGCUACAGAUCCACCAGUAAUAUUGCUAAAAUUGUUGUUUUAUCUCAUUUUAAAGAUUCUGGCCUUUCAGAAAUGACCUUCAAUUUUUAUGAUUGUUUUCACUAGACAAUAAUCAAGAUAAUUCAAAAUAUGCUGCCAAAUAAACAUUUGUUGUAUUUCUCAACAUGGUCUUUACAUGCUCUGAGCUUCAUGCUAAUAUUAGUUUGUAGAAUGUUCUCCCUUUUUUUUCUUUGAAACAAAGUGCAUGUAGAAGAUGGUUUGAUGGCAUCAUGCAUACAGACUUUUCUCCAACUGUCUCCAACUGUAAAAAUUUCUCCCUAUACAGCGACCCAUGGCUUCCUGCCCAAGGCCAUACAUACAGAUAUGUCUACAAGAGGUAACUUCCAUAGCAACCCAUAGCAACGGCAUUCCUGUAUCCAUAUAUUACCUAAAAGAGAGCCUUCAAGUACAAGCUCUUGACUUGAAUCUAUGUGAAUGGGGGAAAAAAGAUUUAUACCUAUAAUAGUUUGUAAUAUACCUGUUUUUUUUUUUUAAUCUAAAAUUCACCCAAAUGCUGCUUAUUACUGCUGUUAGCAGGAAUUAGCCUCUGAUUUAUUAGUAUAAUGAUUUCUCAUAGACCUGCUAAGGAAAAUGAAGGUGAAUUAUAAACGAAUAAUCAGACCAAGCAGAAUUGGAGCAAUGGUUACUUGUGUGCAAUGGAUAGAUGAGUCCAGAAUUUUUUAUCCCAUAGAAAGCAUAGAAAUUUUUGGUAACAAA